AUGGCCGAUGGUACUCGCUAUCUGGACCACCCUGUCGGAGAUCUCUACCUCAACUCCUUCCUAUCGAAAGAAACCGCCGCCGCCACCGACGCCGUACUGUUGAACACGCUCCUGGGCCGAUUCGCCACGAAAGACUCCUCUCCAAACCCACCAUCUAACCCGAACCCACGGGCCAAUCUGCUAGGCAUGUUCUCACAGAAUCACCAGCAGGGCCACAACUCCCGCAUCAAUGGGGGCCCCGGCGGCCGGGGCAUCCCCAUGCUGUACAACUACCAACAGCAACAGCAACAACACCACCAGACUCACCUCCAGCACCACCAGGCUGCCCAAGCCGAACAUGCUGCGCACAACGGCAAUGGCGGUGUCAUGGGCCACCACUCGGCCUUCUCCUCUGGCGUCAUGGGAAACUCGAGUCCAUACAGCUCCAACGGCUUGCAGAACGGCCAGGGAGGGGCGUCGCGGGGAGGCCAAGCACAACAGAUGACCGAACACUGGGCCGAGCAGCUGCGGCUCUACGAAGAGUCCAAGCAAGCCCACCGCGCCAUGACCGAACAGAACCAACCGCACUACUACGCCAGACUCAAGGCCUCGGAGAACCGUGGCAUCGCGGGUCCCUCCCCCACCUCUGGCAAGAACGGCGACGACGACGCGGACGACAGGAGACGGCCGUACAGCGUGGAGAAGAACGCCAAGGAACGGCAGAACUGGCACAACAUGGACCUGAGCGGUCAAGGGCUCCGGAACCUCGCUCCGGCCCUCUUCCGCUACCAGUUCCUCCACGAUCUCUUCAUUGCCUCCAAUAGACUACAGACCCUACCCGCGGCCAUUGGGCAAUUGCGCCAGCUCCGUUAUCUCAACGUGUCGUUCAACCAGAUCAAAGACCUCCCCGCCGAACUCGGCAUGUGCACGUAUCUCAACCAACUGCUCCUCUUCGACAACCAGAUCCACACCCUCCCCUUCGAACUGGGUUCCCUACACCUGCUGGACGUCCUCGGUAUCGAGGGCAACCCUAUCGACCCGGAAAUGAAGCAAGAGAUCAUGGAGAAGGGCACAAAGAGCUUAAUUAACCUGUUGAAAGAGCAAGCUCCAGUGCCGCUGCCGCCCUCCCCUCGAAAGUACAUUACCGUUCAAGAAGAUGUGUCGCCUACGUUGGAAAGGGUCAAGGUCUUCUCCUGGAACGUUCUGUGUGACAAGUACGCGACGCCGCAAACGUAUGGAUACACGCCGACGGGUGCUUUGAACUGGGAAUACCGAAAAGCCUGCAUAUUUGACGAGCUACGCGAGAAGGAUGCCGACCUGCUGUGCCUGCAGGAGAUCUCGACCGAGGCAUUCAAGGAGGAAUUCAGUCCGGAGCUGGCGCAGAUGGAUUACAAGGGAGUGCACUGGCCCAAGACCCGCGCCAAGACGAUGGCCGAGAAGGAUGCGCAGGGAGUCGACGGUUGUGCGACAUUCUACAAGGCCAGCAAGUGGAUCCUGCUCGACAAGCAGGUCAUUGAGUUCGCCGCCAUUGCCAUCAACCGCCCGGACAUGAAGAACCAGCACGACGUCUUCAACCGUGUCAUGCCAAAGGACAACAUCGCUGUCGUCGUCUUCCUCGAGAGCCGAGCCACAGGCUCGCGCAUCAUCCUCGUCAACGGACAUCUGGCAUGGGAGUCCGUCUUGGCAGACGUCAAGCUUAUCCAGACGGGUAUCCUAAUGGAGCAGAUUACGAAGUUCGCCGAGAAGUACGUCCGCUGGCCGGCGCUCAAGGACAAGAAGCUCAUUACCUUCUCUGCUACCGGCAAAGACGGGGAUGAGCCGCCGCCACCAGCAAAAGAGCCGGGUCCCAGUCAGGAAUACCGAAACAACACCGAUAUCCCCCUGUUGGUGUGUGGAGAUUUCAACUCGACGGAGGACAGCUCGGUCUACGAGCUGUUGUCCAUGGGCCGCGUCCCGCCAAACCACCAGGAGCUGUCCAGCUUCCAGUACGGCAGUUUCACGCGAGACGGCAUCGAACACCCCUUCAGCCUGCGGGACGCCUACGCGCACAUCAAAAACACGCCCGACGAGAUGCCCUUCACCAACUACACGCCCGGCUUCUCGGAUGUCAUCGACUACCUGUGGUACUCGACCAACACGCUUGAAGUGGUGGAUCUGCUGGGCCCGCCAGACGCUACAUAUCUCAAGCGGGUGCCAGCGUUCCCCAAUUACCACUUCCCGGCCGACCACAUCCAGAUCAUGGCCGAGUUCGUCAUCAAGGCCAGGAAGGACAAGAAGUCGCCCCACCCGGAGCCGGAUUUUGGAUCAGGUAGCCAAGGGCAAGGCCGUUGA